UGAAAAACCUUAUCAAGAGGCUAAAAGUUACGGACGUAGCUGGUGUGUUCGACCCGUUCAAAGCAUCAUCCCGUGGACAAGAAAAGAAGGGUCACCAAAAUCUGCGCCUUGAAUUCCGCCCUACGGCGCGGUCGCGCGAAUCCCUCCACUCAAGAGCCUCUGCCACACCCAAAAUGUCACGGAGAGUCGCAGCAGACGGCUAUUCCCUUCCCGCAAACCCACACUAUCUCGAUUUUCCCCGGACUGAUGGAUCAGAAGCAACCUGGCCUUCAUUGACCAAUCGCGAGGUCGACGCUGAAGGCCAUGUGAACUACUACGAAUGCCUUGAGGAAGACCACUCGCAGCAUAUACGGUGGAGGACCAUGGUUGGGGAUGCUGUGGCGAAGAAGUUGGGUCUGCCUGGGGGCCCGAAUUAUGUUUUGAGAUCGUUUCCUGCGGAGUAUCGCUUGUACGACCAUAACAAAGGUCCUGCAAAGUCACCUCGACAUGACUUAUAUCUUUUUGGUCCCUUCAAGAAGCGCUUUCGCUCAGUAUUCGAGUUUGUCCCUCAUGCCAUCUGGCUAAUGGACGGCUCAACUGACUGCAUAUGCAAAUACUGCUCGAAAAAGGCGCAACGCGAAAUAACAACAUCCAUGAGCACCAGCGGGAUCAUCCCGGUCCGUGCGACGCCCGUCGGUCAAUCGCCUACACCUUCCCGCGUUAAGGCUAUACGAGACAAGGGCAAGGGCCGCGAACCGCUCUCCCGACCAAAUCCUCGCGAAACGAAGACAUACGUUGCCGUUCAGCGAAUUGCGAAGCCCUCGAUCGUGUCAGAGGGGGUGCUGAGGACGCCAAUGCUGGUAGAGCGGAAUAACGACCUGCGUGCCAUUUACUCCAAGACAUCGAUGGAAUUGAGACGGUGGUUUAGGGAAGGAGAGGUGGUGUGGUGUGCACUGGAGGCACCGAUCACUGGGCCGCAACAGGAUGCUGCGUGCAUUCGGUUUUGGCCAGCUGUUGUUGACGAGGUGAAGCUGAAGACGGAGCCCAUACCACGACAAGCGGCGAAUGGACACGCACGGAGCAGCUCGUCGCAGCCGCAUUUACCCCAAGCGGGCUCGUCAGCUAUGCAGGUCGACCCUUCCUCUUCUUCAAUAGGUACCGAGAAGGGUCCUAUGCUCGAGAGCGCAGAAGAACCUCUACCCUGGACAAUUCGUCAGUCAACCCAAUACAAAGUCCAACUACUCGCUGUGUCCCAUUGCUAUACCAUCCCCGACGACCAGGUGCUCCCAUACCAGGCCUAUAUGCCCAGCGAUGACCUCAUUCGCCUCAUGCUCACCUACCCACCCGAAAGACUCACUCUUGACAAGGAAUCACUAUCUAGUUUCAACCCAUACCCUGGGCCGACGCCGCCCACCCUUUUUGAAGCGGUUCCACCAUAUGCGCUAGCAUUGCAGAUCGCGUCUACGCUUUCUUCCUUUUGGUGUCUUACAGACGAGUAUGAGCUGAACUAUGCACUGCCGGGCACCCCUCAUGAGAGCCCGAAACGCCCGCCACUGCCUUCAAGAGCACCAUUGCCCUCUCGAAUCCCAGCUCCUAUUUCCGCCCCCUCGAUGAUGCCCUCAACACCACCAGCUACGUUCCAACAAGCUAUGGAAAUGGCCAAUGGACAUCCCGAAUCUAUUAGUUCAGGUCCAUCCAACGCUUUCUAUCGAAACGUCUAUGGUGUCGACCCUUCUAUGUCUCAAGCAACAGUCCAAAAAACGACGGAACGCGUCCUCGGCGUACCGCCGCCUCCGGAUAACCUCUUGCAGAAGCGUUUUCAAGGGCUGUGGUGGGGUGCUGAGCGGAUCUGGACUGACGAUUUCAUUCGGUUGAAAGUGCCACGGCGGACACUCGCACCUCAAGGGAGUGGUCAAAUUCUGUCGCCGUCUGGACCCAGCAAGUCGGUUGCGGAGGAGUGGAUUGGGCAAGGAGGGAGUCUAGCGGAGAUGGGGGCUGGAUCGAGAGGGGUGUUCUUGAGACUCGAUGGGAUUUUUGCUGUAGAGGUUCCCCAGGAACAUGGGUCGUCGACGAAGGAGGCGAGGGUGUGUGGGAUGCUGUAUGAACUCGCAGACGAGGAUUGGGAGGACCCGAAUGCGCCAACACGGUUGGCACCAUCCGACCAGGCGAAUGAGUCGUCUGAGGAUCCUGCCGACCCUGCUUCCAGUUCGCAAGUACCACCAAGCGCUUCUGCUGCAGUCAAUGGCGGGUCGUCGGGGACACCAGGAGGCAUCGUUCCGAACGGCGCAGGCGUCAACGGCUCAUUGUCCAAAGACACCUUCCAGUACGCCCUCCCACAAGCACCAGUGGGAUACAAAUUCCGGCCGAUCCUUAACCCAGGUUACGAGUUCGUCGGUGCGUUGGGUCUGAUCAGCGGGCGGUACUACCCUCGCAUUCUGGCGCACCCCAAACUUUUACCGAUCGUCAAGGAAGCACUGUCUCACGAGCCGGGCGAGGGUGCUAUCAUUGGGUCGGAUAAUCUGUGGGCACUCGAGGGCCUUUCCGGCGGGUACUUCAACUCCGUCGACCCUCACCGCUACAAGCGGACGCGGGUUGCGAUGAUGCAGGAUGCAGACCGGGAAGCGGUUCAGCAGCUGCAGACGUACGCCCAGGGUAAAAUGGAGGAGGCUGUGAGAGCGCAGAAUGGUCAUGGUGGUGACGAUGUGCCAGGGGGUGAACAUGACGCGAUGGAUGUGGACGCGGACGAUAUUUACGCCUGAG